GGCUAUGAAUCAUUCCUGGGCGGUUCCUGGUUGCAGAGAGAAAACCCACUUUAAGAGCAGAUAUUGUGGAUGAUCUGCUUUCUCCUCCUCCGUGGGAGGCUUGGAGGCGGGGCCUGGGUUCCUCGCCAGACUUUUGCUCUCGCCUGGCUGCUCCUUCCCUCCCUUCCUUCCUUCCUUCCGCUGAAGAAGAAGAAGCAGAAUCCACAAUGGAAGAAGUAGAGUCCUGGGUCCCUGUGGUUGGCUUCACCCUCUUGCCCAAUGCCGGCAGCCUUUGGGGAGCGAGGAUUGUCAAGAGAGAAAUCCCUACGUGGUAUAAAUCCCUGGAGAAACCUUCCUGGAACCCACCUAACUGGGUGUUUGCACCUGUGUGGGCAUCUUUAUAUUCAUCAAUGGGAUAUGGGUCUUACCUGGUGUGGAAAGAAUUGGGAGGCUUCAAUGAAAAAUCCAUGGUUCCCCUUGGACUGUAUGCAGGAAACCUAGCAUUGAACUGGUCAUGGGUUCCCAUAUUCUUUGGAAAGCAUAAGAAAGGAUGGGGUCUGGUGACUAUCCUACUAACCACAGGAGCAGCCACGUUAACAACAACAGCCUGGUAUCAUGUCAACAAAACAGCAGCAUAUUUGAUGUACCCCUACUUAGCCUGGUUAACUUUUGCGUCUGUGCUCAACUACCGCCUCUGGAAGGACAAUCCAGAUAAGAAACACUAGUUAAUUGUAGACAUUUUCCUAAAGCAUGCCUUACCAGAGACAGGACUUUUACAAAGUUUGUUUAUAUAUCACCGUCCUAUUGCUUAAGCAAUUUGCUGUGCCAAGCAAUUGUUUUUUUUUUAAAAAAAAAACCCAAUCAUGUACAUGUUCAGUUAACAUGCAAAAAGGUUUACAACAUAAAACUGAAAUAAAAUAAAACGAACAACUGAAA